GCUGGAUUCUUCUGUUACUCUUUGCUCACGAUCGCUCCGUAGAUCUCUCUCUUUCUCUCUCCACAUCCAAUUGAUCAGUGCUCAAGAAAUUACAAAUACUUUGUCGAGGAUUAUUCAAGGUGUGAGUUUACACAAAACGGGCCCAAUACUACUUUUCUGAAGUGAACUGCUUGCUCCUUGAAGCUCAAUGGGAAUGGCUGCACAAAGUGUGAGUCCUCCCCCAACUCCAAGUGCUGAAGUGAUUGGAAAUGCUUUUGUGGAUCAGUAUUACCAUAUUCUCCACCACUCUCCUGAAUUGGUCUUCAGAUUUUACCAUGAUACAAGUUUACUGAGUAGACCAGAGCCUGAUGGCCAUAUGACCACUGUGACAACGAUGAAAAGCAUCAAUGAUAAAAUAUGCUCCUUGAACUACAAGAACUACAAGGCAGAGAUAAAGACUGCUAAUUCACAGGAUUCUUAUAAGGAUGGAGUAAUUGUCCUAGUGACUGGCUGCUUGACCGGAAAGGACGGCCUAAGAAGGAAAUUCACGCAAACCUUUUUUCUUGCUCCUCAAGACAAAGGAUACUAUGUUUUAAAUGAUAUUUUUAGGUAUGUAGAUGAAAGUGGAUCAGACAUGGUUCCGGUGGUGGAGGACAUUGGAGUUCAAGAGACACCGUCAAAUUCUUUGGGGCCAAAUGCAGAACCUGCUGAAGUUGUUGAACCCCCCCGUACAAACCAUGCAUCUUCCGUAAUGCCUCAAGUUGAGAUUAAUGAGGGGGUAGUUGAUGGUGAAGUGAGUAAUGAAGGGGUAGUUGAUGGUGAAGUGAUUAAUGAGGGGGUAGUUGAUGGUGAAGUGAUUAAUGAGGUUGUAGUUGAUGAUGAAGUGGUUAAUGGGGGAUAUGAUGGGAAUGCCGUUAAUGAUACUGAUAAAAUGGCAGACCCUCGUGUGAAUGAGAAUCAUGUACUGGAGGCUGCAGAAUCACUUCCUUGCUCACCCCAGGAGGACGCUCCAAAGAAAUCAUAUGCUUCUAUUGUUAGUUCGCAGACAAAAAAGGGUCCUAUCAAAGUUUAUGUUCCUACUAACACAUCAAAAGUAGUUUUACCAAAAAUAGAAAAGCAGCCAGUCAACACAGCAGAGCAUCCUGCUCCUGAAUCUCCAAGUCCUAUUGCACCCACUAAUGCAUCGGAAAGUCGAGAUACUCAGGACGAAGUUGAGGGCCACUCCGUAUAUAUCCGCAAUUUGCCUCUGAGUGUUACAGCUUCUCAGCUUGAAUCUGAAUUUCAGAAAUUCGGAGCUAUUAAACCACAUGGGGUCCAAGUCAGGAGUAACAAGCAACAACAAGGUUUCUGUUUCGGCUUUGUUGAAUUUCAAGAGUUUAGCUCCAUGCAAAGUGCAAUUAAGGCUUCUCCGAUAACUAUUGGUGAUCGCCAAGCUGUUGUGGAAAUAAAGAGGACAACCACCCGAGUUGGUGGUGGGAGGGGUCGAUUUACUCCUUCACGUGGAGGAUAUCGUAACGAUGGGUUCAGGAGUCGUGGAAAUUACAAUGGCGGACGGACCUAUGUCAGAAGCGAUAGCUUAAGAGGCCGUGGAAACUUUAGUAGUGGGCGCAGUGGAGAUCUCUAUCAGCAAGGAAGAGGAGGGAGGGGCGGUCGUCGUUCCAGCCCAACACAGAAUACUGCUUCAGCAUAAGAUCCGUGGAUGUUGGAGGCAAUUUUGACAGAGGUGUGAUACCUGAACAUCAAUGUGUUUUAAUCCUGGCAGCAAUAUCAAAUUUUUCUCCUUGCUCAAAAGUUAAGAUUAGAGGGGUUUGCCUUAGAUUAUCGGAAUGGGUAUUAAGUGUAGUAGUAUCAGUUUUAAAUCUUAGUACCUUUUAUCUUUUUUUUUCCCUCUUUUGCAACAGAAUUUUGUCUAUAGUAGAGGGGAUUCUUGCAGCCUAGAGGAAUGUAGUAUGAAAUGACUAUGAUAUCUUUAUCUUUGGGGAAAAAUGAAAAUUGGUUUUAUUGUCA